AGUAGGAAAGCUAGCUAGCUAAUUUAAUGAGCAACACUUACAUAAUUUUAUACAAAGUUUUCCAUUUUAAUCAGCGUGCAUGUUUUUUUUUUUUCCGAGUUUCCUUGGGAAAGGUUUUGUCCUUGAACAACUUAACGAAGACCACAUUUUACAGUCUGCUCUUGGGAAAUAUAUAGGAAAUUGUGGAACAUGGGGCACGGUUCAAAGAUGUUUAUGGUAUAUAGUACAUUGCUUUGUCAAGUGAAAAGGAAUGUUUUCUAAGUCACACAACAGAAGUGCCAAAUUCACUUUACAGGGUCUUUUUAAUCCUAAUCGUCAUGUGUAAUUAUCAGCUAGCCUUAGUGCUAACAACAUGUCAGUAUAUGUUGUUGAUCGCAAACGUGUGCAGUGUCACACCGUCCCCUGUCUGCAUAUGUGCUGAAUAAUGGCACAUGGCCGUGGGAGGUCAGCAAAAAUCAUUCAACCUGUACUGUAUUAUUCCUCUUUGGCCAAUAGAAACACGAGGGGGGUGGGGCUUAGCUCCUGUCGGUGUCGAAUUAAUUAUGAAAGGGCAACUUUCUGGAUCGAAUGGAUUGCCCCAUCAGCAUCACAUCCUCAGUGUGGGACCCCACGGAAAGGACCUCCAGGCUGUGAUGACAGGCCAGCAGAAGCUUGUGUCACUGUGGCUCUUGUUGUUGCUCGUAGUAGCCCUGUGUCCAGGGGCGCAGUACACAUACAGCAAGCGUGGCGGUGGUACACAUAAGAGCGGAAAGAGCAACAAGGUACCUGCUUCUAAGGGUCACGGCCUCCCCAAGCCCGGCCUCAAGUGGGCGGGGGCGGCGGCGGCCGGCAUGCUGGGGGGCACGGGCACCGGAUACGGGCUGGGCUUCCUAGGGAGGCCCAAGUACGGUUCCAGGGGGCACGCCGGCCAAAAGACGGAAUCCAGCGGGCGCCACGACAGCCAUGGCCAAACGUUUCGCAAUCAGUCGAGAUGGAGGGCUUUUCUGAAGGCGGCGGCCCCUGCGCACUUGAGUAACUCCUUACUUUUGCUGGGACACGCGCUCACCUUCCUCACAGGGCUCUGCAUGGGUGCACUUUGACUCGUGGAAAUGGAAAUAGAAUAAAAGUUUGCAAAUGAUAUUCCCUUUCGAUUCAUGUUGUUUACUUACUUAUUUAAGAAUACUGAAUCCCGUGAGGCCCAUACUUGACGUUUGUGGUUUCAUGGAACACCACCAAACCAAACUGCCACAAAAAGUGUAAACAAUGAUGAUGAUUGCAUCUAAAUUUACUCGCAAAUUAAUUUCGUCUGUCACGGUCUGUUUCGUUGGAACACAAAGCGCUUCUUCUGUUUGAUCUUUAUGGGUGGCAACAGGUGGUUAAACAAGAUCUGCCAGAACCUCCCCCUCCCCCAAAGUUUUUAAUUACCUUUUAUUAAUAUAGAGUAGUGUAACCAUGAUCCCAAAUCUAUUAAAUGUCACGAGAUGAUUCCCGCAAGUAAAUCGGCUUUGUGUUCAAUAAAUAGGGUCGAGAGUUUGCAUUAAGUACAUCUGUGAGUAAAUUAAGAUCAUGAUUGGAGUGAAAUGCUUUUUGUGAUAGUUCCGAUUUUGUUGGCGUGUCGUGAGAUUUUUUUUUUUUGACACUGGAUGACUUUGAAUGUCAAUCUAUGACUCAUCCAAAUUUGGUGGUGACCACACACGCAAAGAUUUGAAGUGAUACAUUUUGAACACGUUUAACACAACUGUCGGCACGACCAUUUUCCGAACCCUGUGUGAUUAAAUUAAUUUAGCAUCAUGGCUCACUUUUAAGAACCCGAUCAUUCUUAAAAUGUUUGAGAAACGUAGAGUCAUAAGGCAGAUAAGUGAGUCAGAGAGAGGGAUUUUGGACACAGAAUUUAUUUGAUUACAUACACAUUGACGGCAAAUUAUAGUACAUCAUAGUGGUAGGAACUAUCAGCUGCUGGCAAAAAAAAAAAAAAAAGAUUGAUG